UCAUUAGUUCUACAAAUGCUGCCUUCCAAGAUAACAAUAAAAAGGAGCGCGACACACCUCGGUACAGUGGGUGUCUACAAAAAGCUCCGACGCGGCAGGAAACGUAACAAAAAACGCCAGUCGGAAUUAACAACAGAUUUCAAUACUUUUGAAGUAAAGCCAACCAUUUUCAAAAUGAGAAUACCGCUUCUGAUUCUCUGUCUCACUGUGGUGUACGGUGCCUGUCGGUCAACCGGUGAAGAAAGUUUCGACGUGGCUGAACAAAUACAAGAUAAUGGACAUUACAAAGUGGCCCAGACAAAUGUGCCUUACGAAAUAUUUCUCGCGAGGCACAAAAGAGCCAAUUUAUUAUCACCGAUUACAUUCCCGAUAGAAACCGCAUUACGUUUAAUUGGGUUUAACAAUGGUAUUAUAGCUCCAUUUGUAGACGUCAUGAAGUUUAUGACCGGCGCAUUGACAGGACAAGAUGUGUGCCCCAAAGUACAAGUACAGUUAUCCUGCCAAUUGAUCGUGCAAGCUUUUACAAAUCCGCUCCAAACGAUCAAAACAGUAGUGUGUCGGGUUCUCCAAUUAAUCGGAUCAACAGGCAAUGCAGUAGUGAAUAAAAUGUUUGACACGUCUGUACUGUUCUGCAGAAAUGUAUUUCUACCAGGCAUGCAUACAACGCUAAAUGUGAUCAAGGAUAAUAUUCCCUUUUUACCUCCACAAAUCGUUGCUAUGAUUGUGGCAUUCAAUGCACUUUAUACACUCUUACAACUCAUUGGAUAUGUCCCAAAAUAAAAUUCAAUUUCCCAUUUCUUAAAAGCCCGCUAAAAAUUGCAAAGUUAAAAAAAUGCAAAAAAUUUAUAAAAAUGUAUUUGGUCUUCUUCUUGACUAUCUUAAAACAGCUUCUCAAUUUAAAGUAGUCACUAAAAAAAAUUUUUUGUCGCAAUGUAAUUUGUAUCAAUAAUACCAACAAUAUAUAAAAAAAG